AACACUCUAUUUCACGUGACCAAGUCGUGUGAGGAAGGGCAGGACAACGCAAGAACCCUGUCCACACAGAAGGCCGUUUGGGGAUAAGCUCAAGGAGAAAGGGAGAAGCAUCCAUCGCUUCCGUCCUUUCACAUCGUUCCAUCCAUCAUGGAAGUGCUUAGCACCAACUUGUUUGCCCUGCUCGGCGACGACGAGGGUGGUGACGCCCCCGUGGCGAAAGCUCCCGCUCCGGCACAAAAGGACGCCAAGAAGGCUACUCCAAAGAAGGAAGCCGCGGUCGCCCGCUCGGAGAAGAAACCCAACGACCGGCCCAUCCGCAACGAAUACCCUCGUCGCGGCGGCUACCAACAGCGUGGUGGUGCAGUUGAAGGCGGUGCUCGUCCCCCACGUAACCGUGAUCGCGAUUCUGGUGAUGCUGAGCCUCGCGAAGGAGGACGCGACAACCGUGAGCGAGGCGGAUUCCGCGGCAGUCGUGGCGGUCGCGGCCGCGGUGGCUUCCGUGGUCGUGAAUUCGACCGUCACAGUGGCACUGGCCGCGUUGAUGGCGUAAAGAAGGAGGUUGCUGGCAGGGGCUCCUGGGGUAAUCCUUUGACUGCUGAGGAGGAGGCGAAGAAAGAAGUUCAGGAGGAGACUGCGGAAGCUACUCCCGAGAAGACUGACGGUGAAGCUGUUGAGUCCCGUGCUGCCGAGAACGAGGAGAACAAAGAACCUGAGGAAGUCCUCAAAACCCUCGACCAAUACCUUGCGGAGAAAAACAAGCGCGCCGCUGAACUCAAUGUCAGGAAGGCUAACGAAGGCGCAGACGACGCUCAAUGGAAGGAUGCCGUCGUCUUGAAGAAAGAGGAGGAUGAGCAGUUGUUUGCGGAGCUUGCCAAGCAGCCCGGAAAGAAGAAGGGCGGAGCCAAGGAGAAGGCACAAAAGGCGUUCGUCAACAUCGACCAACGCUUCGCGGAUGAGCAGCGUGGAUUCAACAACCGUGGCCGUGGACGUGGGGAGUUCCGCGGUCGUGGCGACAGAAACGGCGAUCGUCGACGGGGCAAGAAUGCUGGUGUUGUCAAUGUUGAGGACCAGACUGCGUUUCCUUCGCUUGGAAGCAAAUAAGCAGCUCUCAAAUGCUGUAUAUUCAUUCAUUUGUGGCGGGUCCAUGGGGCGUUGGGUAGACUCCAAUCUCGAAAAUACGAUGUGCCAACCUUUUGAGGCAGGGCUCCUAGUACACUAGUACCAUUGAGAAUCUCUUGAUAUCCCUGUGACAGCCUCAGAGGGGGCCUGUUGCUUCAGCCUUCUCUCUGGACUUUUUUAAUGGAAUUUGUACAGUGAACUAUUAUUCUGCUGAGUCCUGCCGUUCCCUCGAAUGCAUCUGCUGUAGGAAACCACUAACAUGAACUGGCCAUGAUUGUACUCCAG